AUGGCUGUAAUUUAUGGAGAUUUCAAAAAAAGAAAUGCAAUCAAUACCAUGGUUGAAAAACUUGAUGAUGUGGCUUUUGAGUUGAUUCGGAUUGCUCCUAAUAAUCAUUCUGAACAAGUAAGAGAUAUUGCUGAAGUAUGUACUGCUGUAGUGCAUGGUAGUGAACUUGGGAUAAGAGCUCAAGUACAAGGCAUUGGUGGAGCUUGGAAAUUGCUUAUCGAUAAUGUAAAUACAAUGGUUGCAAAUUUAACAGCUCAAGUUCGUGAUAUUACUGCUGCGUUAAAAGCAGCCACUAGAGGAGAUCUUGGUAAAAAGGUAACUGUUAAUGUAAGAGGUGAAUUUUUGGAUUUAAAAAUACCAUAA